CACCUCGUCAUCACACCCAAGCCGCAUCUCGUUACGAAUCACGAUCCCCUCGUCCCGCCCUCAAACCCUUGCACGUUGCACCUUGCACCCUCCUGCAUCCUGAACCAGGGAGGGGGAGCAGAGGGGAGGCUUAUCUAUCACCCACGCCGACCGCGCGUCAGGUGGAUCUCGGCGAACACCAUGCCGGAGACUCACGGGCGAGACGACGGAGGUUCCGUAGACGACCACGAAUCAUCAUCACAACCCCCAGAGAAGAAGCAGCGGCAGGCGCGCCGCGCUCUCAGUUGUACAGAGUGUAAGCGGCGCAAGACAAAGUGCUCUGCCCUCGGUAAGACACCAUGCGACGCCUGUGUCCGGCGCGGCCGGCCAGGCGAGUGUGUCUGGAUUGAUGCGGAGGCACACAAUGGUCCGGCGUACGCGCUCACGGCCGACCUCGACUCGCUGCGGCGGCAGGUCGAGGAGCUGAAAGAGCUGCUUCAGGUGCAGAUCACGACCACGGCCGGAGUGCUAGCGCGGAUCGCCGAGGCGGCGCCUGUCUCAGCCGUGCCCCAAGCGGCACACGGCACCCCGAGAACCACUAGCAGCGGUGCGGCAUCGGGGCCGGCUGGCACCUCAGCGGGGUCGGUAGCGGCGCACGAUUCCGGCGAAGCGAGCGUCGGGCGGCGCGCCAGCACCACGCGGAUGCCGCGGAGCGCGGUCGAGACGACGCUCAAGGGCUUCGAGGCGAGCGUGGUCGGCACGCUGCCCGGCACGCGGUUCGUCGGCCCCGGCUCGGUGGUACGCAAUGCGGCCAGCAUUCGCAGGGGGGACGCGACAGCGGCGCCGCGCGCCACGGCGCUCGAGCGGGCGUACGCCCUCCUCCCGCCCGUCGACCUCGGCCGCGCCAUCGUCGACGAGUACUUCCGCGGCCCGCUCAACCGCGGCUGGCCGAUCGUCGAAGAGGUCACCUUCCGCCAGAAGUUUGACGAGUACAUGAGCUUCAAGCCCCUCGAGGGGACCAUGGACCAGAUGUCGUGGCUCGCCGUGUAUCUCAUGAUGCUCGCGUCGACGACAAAAAUGAAUCACCACAUGCGCCGCUUCUCCAACCACGAUCCAUCAGACCUGCCUCUCGCCCUAUAUUUUGGGGCGAUGGACUGCCUCGACGCAGCAGACUACCUCACUGUCCCCCAGAUUCGACAUCUUCAAGUCGUUGUAAUGUCGCUAACCUUCCACUUUCACUUUGCGGAUGUCAACGCACAGGGCAAUAUCGCGCUGCGUAAUGUCGACGCCGCGAUCAGCACCUGCCAGUGGCUCGAGCUCGACAUCCUUGAGGACGACCCAGCCGCACUGCCGGCUGAUGAUGCGGCGCUUGUUGGGCUCUCCCCAGUUCAAGGCCUCGAGCUCGUCAAGCGACUCGUUCACUACCUAUGCUUUGCCGAUGGUACAUUCCAAAAGCGAUUAGGACUGUGGCGGUGGUGUCAUAACCUCAAAACGCCCUUCCCGGGCAACUACAUUGAUUUGUGGCAUCUGGACGACGAGCGACCGCUCACCGAGCUAACGAGCGCGACGCUUCCGAGGAUCGGAAGUGCAUUCGCGACUACCAUCGCAAUGUACCACCGGCCAGAGGGCUUCUCGUACGAGACCAUGCUGGCCUACGACCAGGCGCUCCGACGUGUGCUCGACCAGCUUCCCACCACCACUGGCCCCCUCUCGUCGUACUGGAUGAUGCACAUGAUCAACUGUAGUAUCCACAAUCGCAUUCUCCGCCUUCACCGCCCGUACAUGUUCCCCAGGCACACCGAUCUUAUCGAGGCACUUGAUGCGCAGGCAAGUGCGCGGGCAGCGGUCCACAGCUCGCGUCGGAUCAUCGAGAUCCAGUUAAUAUUCAACGACAACCCCCUCAUCAGGCCCAGAUUUGUGCACAUCUGGAUCCUCGGCGCUGUACUCGUCCUAGCCAUCGACUACGUGUCUGGCUCGCGGGAAAGCAGGACGUCCCUGCUCCAGUCGCUCGAGAUCUUCAACCAGUCGUAUGUCUCACCCGACGACAGUCCCUACGCGACGGGCAUUGGGUCGCGCGACAUCAUGCGGCAGUGUGCGCAGGCUGUCGACGCCAUGCUCGCCGUGGCUGACGACCGUCUCGAGCGUGGCAUAACGCCGACAGAUGAGGGAGGCAUGAACGGAUACUUUGCCAGAGUGGCGGACCGCAUCUCUGCCACUGAGCAACAGCACGCCGUCGACGUCUUGCCGUAUGACGCCCUUGCUGCGCUCUUCCCCGACCUCUCGGACUUUGAAUUUUCCUUCCUCACGGCCUCGGGCGGCCAGUAGCGUAGUCUGUGAUGCAACGCUCCCCAGCGACC